AACUGAGGAGCUGAGAAAGUUAACUUUUACUCAAGGGAUGGUAACCCUUAUCAAAAAUGAAAUAGGGAACUUCUAUGAAGACCUUGGAGCACUUCUUGGAGUUCGUGAAGGUGACCUUGAUGACAUUGAGACUCGUUACUCAAGACCUACCGAAAAGGGAGGUGCUGUUCUUAAAAACUGGAGAGAUAGAGAGGGACCUCAAGCAACCGUGGGACGUCUUGAGACCGCCCUCAAUAGAUUGGGAAAGAAAAGGAUCGCAGUCAGGCUGCUAGAUAUUGCGCGGGAAGAAAAACGAACCGAAGACGGAUCAGAAGAGCAUCGAAAAACAUUUAGCAGUCCUUUAGAAGAGGGCGAGACUGGGCAACGCCAAGACAGCGAGAGAGGUUUCCCCGAGACGAUGCCCAGUAGUGCCGUGGAGCCAGCAAAUGCACCGAGAAAACGAAACGUAGAACAAAGAGAAAGGAGAGCUGAAACAGGAAGUGAACAGGGGAAGUUGGAUGAGUUAAGAGAAAGUAUCGAAAAAGUAAGAGACAUGAGAAAAGUUGUGACGAAACUCGAAUCUAAAGUGGAUGAACUUCCAAGGAGACAGCGGAAUACGGGAAGGAACGAGCCUUUGAUAACGAUGCGCAGCCUGAUGACGGAGGUAGCUGCAUUAAAGGAGGUUAUUGAAAAAAGUAUUUUAGAAUGUAUAGAGGGGAUUGGAAAUUACGAGGUGCUGGGAGAAAUGUAUGAAAAAGUUAGAAAGAUGAAGGAAGAUUUCACAGGAGAGUCCUGGAAAGGCAAUUCCGCUGUUUCGUCAUCAUAAUAAUGCUAUGCUUUUUGUCAUCAACGUCGGUUCCUUUCAAUAGGAGACAGAGGGUUUGAAAUCGCAACCAGCUAAUUUCUAGGGCAAUUGAGAAUGGAAUGUUGAUGACGAGAAUUUGUAGUAUUGAAUUAUUUUCAUGGUAUUCUUUUACACUCAGCUGGUGAUCAUUUAGAAGUAGGAAUAUCUUGGAGGCAAAGGAAAAUCUUAAAAACCUUUCCUUUUUCUGUAUUUCAAUGUGAUGGGCCCAUCUUGCCUGCUCGGGUAGCCAAUCAGAACACAGGAUUCGCUUCAUCCUGCUCACGGGCGCAGUCAGCUAUGUAAUAAAUAUGGAAUGUUGACCAAGCAUGAUGGCUGGAUAUCGGGUGCGUUUAAUGGACCGAGAAGAAGUCAAUAUCCAUAAAAAACGCUUAUAAAAAUCGAGGCUAACAUCCAGCCAUCUCAACCGAACAAGUUUGGUUAAUAAAGGAUAUUUUAAAAAAGCAAAAAUAUUUUCGCUUUAAUAAGAAUCAAUCAUGACUUGUUUAUUUAAAGAGGCGGGAAAGAAAACCAACUGUGUUUGUAGCUCAGUAAACCCACAAGGAUCAUUUAUGUUUUCUUUGUUUUGACUGUCUCCUGCCGCUUUUUGCGACAAAAGUAACAGACUUUAUACGCUUCGCGCGCUUAUUUUUCUUGCGCAAGAUGGGACCAUCUUGCCCGCAUGGGUAGCCAAUCAGAACACAGGAUUCGCUUCAUAUUGUCCACAGGCGCU